CCCAAACUGAACGCACAACAAGCGAUGCACUUUACCACUGGGCUACGUCCCACCCUUUGUACUUGUUGAAGUCAGACCUACAAUGUAUAUAACACACUAGUUUACCCAGUACUUGAUUUGUCUCACAACCAAUUGUAUAUCAAAGGCUGUGGUAUGUGCUCUGGUGUCUGAAGACAAAUUGUCAAAAUUAUGAAAUGUUUGAAAUUGACAUCCAAUAGCCAAUGAUUAAAUAAUUACUCAAAUGCUGUCCUGAAACAAAUGAAACGUUUAUUUAUCUCACCCUAAGUAAAAAUGUGUCAACAGACUGAGUCGACAUAAUUGACAUCAUUAUGCUCUUAAGUGUUAGAUCACCCGUUCCCAAUCAGUGUUUCUUAUCAGUUUCUAAUAACUACUAAGUCGAUUGUUUUUAGAAACAGUGACAUAAUUAAACAUUUAAAUCGCUAGCAUUUGAUUCCAAGUAAAAUAAUUAUAGGAUAUAGAAAUAGUUGGUCUUCCAUGCUAGAAGAGGAAACGCAAAUAAAGAAGAAGAAAAAUGGCGACGUCCAGUAGACUAACUGAGAAAAUAGUAAACAACAAAACUUUAAUCUACAUUUUAUCACAAAGAAUACAAAGACGAAGACUGGAAGAUAUAAAAAAGGCAACCAAAAAGAAACAGAUAAAUUUAUCGGACAGUUUUUCAUCUAAUGUGACACAUGUUGUCACAGAGAGUGACAAUAUGCAGCAAGUGAUUCGCUGGCUUGACCUUGAUUCUGAUGCAGAUCUGCAUGACGUUGAGGUUGUGACGUUGACAUGGCUCACAGACUCUCUGAAGGCUGGCAAACCUGUCACAGUUGAAGCCAAGCACAGAGUGAACCAAGACUCGGAAGAGUCGGUUGAUGAAGAACAUUCUAGUUCAUCAAAUGAGCCAGUGGUUGCUGACUGGGCGUGCCAGAGAGUCACAUUACUGCGUCACCACAACCACCAGUUUGUAGAUGCACUGGAAAUUCUACAGAAAUAUGCCGAGAUGCGAGACGUGAACCAGGAUUACUCGAGAGCGCUGGCGUUCCGACGUGCGUCCUGCGUUCUCAAGAGUCUGCCGUUUACGGUGACCAGCGUCUCCCAGAUAGAGAACAUCAAAGAUAUGGGAGCGCACAGCCUCAGAGUGAUACAGGAAAUAUUAAACAGUGGUGUCUGCCAAGAGGUGGAGACUAUCAAGAAAGAUGACUGGUUCCAGAAGAUGAAGAUGUUCACCAGUGUUUUUGGCGUGGGGCCUUCAACAGCCAAGAAGUGGAUUGAGCGUGGCUGGACCUCUGUACGGGAUGCUCAACAGAGCGACAACAUCAGCAGUGACUGGAGACUUAUAUGGGGUUUGGCGUUCCACUCUGAUCUGAUGAAGCCAGUACUCGCAACAGAGGCUGAUGUGUUUACAUGCAUUGUGAGAGAAGAGACCGAUAGACUCCUACCAGGUGCAAUAGUCGAGCUGACAGGUGGAUUCAGGAGGAAAAAACAAUCAGGCCAUGAUGUUGAUAUUCUGAUCACACACCCAGAUGAGGGUAAAGAGACUGGUCUUCUCAAACAGCUGCUGGAGAGACUGGAGCGGCGUGGUCUCGUUCUGUGUGGAAACCUCGAAAAGUCUACCUACACGGACGAUGUCCUUGUCCGAGACUUCAAACUCAGCAUGAGGGGUCAACUCGAUCACUUCGAGAAAUGGCUGGGCAUCUGUAAGUUCCAUAACUCAUUCCAGCACGGAGGUGGAAAAGAUUCAACGACAGCUGAAUGUGUUAAUAGAAAUGCAUCUGAGGAUCGCAUGCCGUGUUUUCAUGCCAGUCUUGAUGACAAGGAUGACUAUGAACCUAAGGCGAAACUGAAAAAAAUGGCAGCUGAGAACCUAACCCCGAAACAUAUUGCAGACAGUGACCGAGGUUGGACAGCCAGAAGAGUUGAUUUGAUUAUCUGCCCUUUCAGCCAGUACUGGUAUGCUUUGGUUGGAUGGACGGGAAGUAAACACUUCAAUAGAGACCUUCGACUGUAUGCCCAGAGAGUGCACAACAUGAAACUCACCAGCCAUGGGCUGUACAGUCAAGCCAAGGUAAAUGUUUGUUAUCUUUGUUGUCAGGCUCAGAGAGUUCACAACAUGAAACUCACCAGCCAUGGGCUGGACAGUCAAGCCAAGGUAAAUGUUUGUUAUCUUUGUUGUCGGGGUCAGAGAGUUCACAACAUGAAACUCACCAGCCAUGGGCUGGACAGUCAAGCCAAGGUAAAUGUUUGUUAUCUUUGUUGUUGGGGUCAGAGAAUUCACAACAUGAAACUCACCAGCCAUGGGCUGUACAGUCAAGCCGAGGUAAAUGUUUGUUAUCUUUGUUGUCGGGCUCACCGAGUUCACAACAUGAAACUCGCCAGCCAUGGGCUGUACAGUCAAGCCAAGGGAAAAAUCAUUGCAGCAAAUAGUGAAAAAGAUGUUUUUGACAACCUGACCAUUCCUUACAGAGAGCCAUAUGAAAGAAAUUGUUGAGUUUAUUUAAUGCAAUGUGGUCUACACUUACCGGAUACAAAUAGUAUAUCACAGAUGUAUUAGAACAAUAAAAAAAAAUACACCCAGUGUCAUUAUUAUAACAUAAUGUGAUCUCAUGGUUCCCACAGACCUUGAAAAGUCCUUGAAUUUCAGGGUAGUCCUUUAAAAGUCCUUAAUAUUCGUAAAUAUUAAAUUUAUGCUUAAAAAGUCCUUGAAUUUUGUCACUAAGUGCUUGAAUUUUACAAAAACAUCCUUAAAUUAAAAAAUUAAGAUCCACUGGAAAAACAAUUAAACAGAAAACACUUUUUGUUGAUUUUUUGCUAAACUUUUAAACCUGUUACCGGACAUUUUUCACUGGAUAUCAGAUUAUUACACACACGGAAGUGGCGAGAUGCUGUAACUGCGCAUGUGUUGGCGUCUGUUGAAUCUGAAAAAUUAGUCACAAGUGUGUCUAUAAUUUGAAGUGGGAAACUAACCCACUUUACUCUGAAUGGUUACAGUCAUAUAAGAAUGACAAACGGAAGGCAACGUGUGUUUUGUGUGACAAAGUGUUACAUUUGUAACAUAAGCAAACUCCCUCGGAUGUACAGCCAAAGACAAAACUCAGAGUUGGCAAAAUUAGAGACCAAAUUAGGUGCUCAAUUGGAAACACUCAAGAAAAUAUACACUGACAUGUGUACACAAUUGCAGUACUUUGGAAACAUAUUUAAUUAGAUAUAUUGAACUGUUAGAAAUACAGUAAACACUUCGACACUGGAUGCUACUAAAGUACUAAUCAAAAUUAUACCCAGUUGAUUUUCCAA